AUGCGUUGAUUUAUUCAGUGACAAUAUUCUAACCUGAAAACAUCCCACCCCCAAUCGUUACUUUGAUUAAUUUACCGACACGUUCAACCUGAAAACAUCGCUUCUUAAUAGCAUCUUUCACGCUUGAGGUAGUUUUAAUAACCUACGCAAAUCUUGGGUUAAUAAUUGACCAUUUUCUUGGAACUGAGGUUUGCUAUAUAAACGAAGGGACUCCUAGAGUUGGUCACUUGAGCCCUGCUUAUACUGCGGCCAAUAGCAAGCUUCCCUCCAGGUCCGAAGUUCAUCUAAUCAAGGAGACUUACAAGAUGUUUCCAACAAGGAUAAUUCUGCUGAUUUUGGGGAUUGAGAGUAUUCUGGCCAACAAGGAUCUAGUGUUGAUCUCCGAGGAACGACAAACGUUCCAUGUAUGCGGCCAUCAUUUGGCCACUCUCCUAAAUCUCGUCUGCGAAGGAAACUACAAUGGACAACUUAGCAAGAAAUCCAGCACAGGCGAAAUAGACUGGCAGAGAGAGAUGGAACAGCAGCAAUUAGAGACAGAAGAUUCGCUCAACGAUCUCGUCUACCAGUUUCCGUUUCGGUCGCGAGCGCAUGCGAAUGCGUUUCUCGCCCCCGACGGUGUCUUCAGACGCCACACACGAGGCAUAGUCGAAGAGUGUUGCAAGAAACCCUGCACCAAAUACGAGCUCAAAAUGUACUGCGCUGAUAGCAAGUAAAUUCAAAUUAGAGUAAAGUGAUAUGGACGGUAAUAGCCUAUUGAACGUUCUUUGUGAUUUAAUUAAUUUUGAAUGAGAUUAUUUUAGGAUUAAGUUAGUUUUAAAUGUGAUUAAGUUGUAAGUUUUAAAUAUGAUUAAGUUGUAAUUAGAUAGGUUUUGAAUGAGGUUAAGUUAAAAGAUUGAAUUAACUUUGAAUGAGAUAAAAUAUUGUGAUUAAUAAAUUUUUAAUCUAAUUAACUUGUGAUUUAAUAAUCUAGUGAUUAACUUUACUUUGAAUGAGAUUAAGUUGUAAUUAAAUUAAUUUUGAAUGAGAUUAAGUUGUGAUUAAAUUAAUUUCGACUGUAGUUGAAUCAACUUUCUUUAACCAAUAGUUCACGAUUUGAUUUGACUGUUAUUGCCUUGACUUUCUUCAACCAAUAGUUGACAACUUGAUUUAGAUUCAGUUUUAAACGAUUAAUGCUGAAUUUCCUUACAUAAGUUUCAGAGUCCGGAAACCUGGUUCAGAGAAAAUAAUCUUUCCAUGACUUUUAAUGUGAUUGGUAGAGAAAUAGCUGUCAUAUUAUAACUGAAUAAUUUGAACUAACAAAAUUUAUUUGUUUAAUAGUUGUUUUGUUCUCAAAUUAUUGAGAGAUAAUAUAGAAUUUAUUGUGAUUGAUUGGAAAGUAGCUGUCAUAUUAUUUAUGUAUUUCAAGAACUUAAUUUAAUUAGGAGUGAAUAGUCAAACCUAAGGCCCGGUUGCACAACAGCCGGUUAACUUUUAUCCGUGAUUAAUUUCACGAGAACCAAUCAGAGAAGGCGUUUUUGAAAAGGCGGCUUCUCUGAUUGGUUCUCGUGGAAUUGAUCACGGUAAAAAUUUAACCGGCUGUUGUGCAACCGGCAUUAAGAUUAUUGAAAAGUAGGAACUAAUCGUGUUUUGAUUCUGGAUAAUUUGAAAGAGAAAUCGGAAUGUAUGAAGGGAUAAUUUUCGCUAUGAUUUCAAACGAUUGAAGAGGCAUUUGGGAAUUAUGAUAAAUUGUGAUUCACUGUUUUUAUGUUAAAUAGGAAUUCAAUGUGGUUCAUCGAAUUUACCUUUUGUUGGGAAGGGAAGUAGGAUUCAGAAGGAAGAUUAAUGUUUUGAUUUCAAACGUUUGAAAAGAUAUAAUGCAAUUCAUUGUGAUUGAUUGUACGGAAUUUAUUGUAAUUUAUCUGAGUACACCCUUGCGAUUCGCAUGACGGCGACAGUAGCAGAAGAAUUUCCAGCUUUUGGAAUGUGGUUGAAUAGUUGAAAUCGUCGCCAUCAAGCGAAUUGUAAUGGUUUGCACAAAACAUAACAAUAUUGUUUUCAUUGCAAAUAAUUAUAUAUUGAUAUCUUACCGUAAUUCAUUGUGAUUAUUCAAUUAUUGUUCUGAAAUGUUGUUUGAAUGUUCAAAUAAUAUUAAAAGAAU